AUGGCUGCUUGUGGUGAAGUUGGUCACAUUGCUGACGCUUGUCAACAAGAAGAACGUUUGUGUUACAAUUGCCGUAAGCCAGGACAUGAAUCAAGUGACUGUCCUGAUCCAAAGCAAACCACCCAAAAGCAAUGUUACUCCUGUGGUGAUGUUGGACACGUUCAAUCUGACUGUCCUAAUCAAUCCCAAGGUGCCAAGUGUUACAACUGUGGUCAAUUUGGACACAUUUCCAAGAGUUGUCCAUCUAACGAAUCUGCUGAAGGUGUAACUGAACAACCUACUGCUGUUUCCUCUGCUGCUGCUUCCAAGCCUGCUGCUGCUUCUGCUCCAAAGAAGUCCUUUGGUGGUAGUAAGUUUGCUCCUAAAGCCGGUACCACUUGUUACAAGUGUGGUGGUCCAAACCAUUAUGCCAGAGAUUGUCAAGCUGGGCAAGUUAGAUGUUACGCUUGUGGUAAGACUGGCCAUAUCUCCAAGGAUUGUAGCUCUGCUGCUGGUGGUGAACACACUAGUGCUAAGACUUGUUACAACUGUGGCAAGUCUGGUCACAUUUCUAAGGAUUGUGACGCUUAA